AUGGUUCUGAAUCCCUUGAGAGGAUACCAUAAGGAAGGAAGACCUAGGUCUUCAAGCUCAAUUACCUCCACUCUCAAUAGGCUUCAAAGCCGCAUGUCAACUCCAACAAGGUCGAAGUCCCCCAAAAAGAUUAAAACUGCUUUUGACAAUUUAUCUGAUAUCGGUUCUGCAGCACCUUCCCCUAAGUUAAAGGAAGAGCCCGCAAAUUAUGGCUCUACAAACGAUUAUGGAAGCCAGCGAGGUUCCUUGCGCAGCAUGAUUUCUCACGUGGAAAACAUGAUACCAGUUUCUUUAAGCCCAGUUCCACCCGCAAGCGAUCCACCUCAGCAUAAGGAGUCGGAAAAUUGUCCUUCAUUUAGAAACAUUCUGGUUGUUGAUUCCCUCAGAUCUUAUUUGACGUCGGGGGCUACAGACGAAGAAUCGAGACCAAUCUUGCCUGUCUGUGAGGCGGAUUGUGUCUCCUAUACCAGAAACCCCGAGCCUAGAUACCACCAAUACAUUGGAGCUGUGAAGAGAUAUAUUUCCAGCAACAGGUUUGCUUCUGGCUUAAUUGGUUCUGCUCUCCUUAUCGUUUUGACCCUUAUACUCGCAUUCAAAAUCUUGGUAUAA